GUGCUACUAGCCGCAUCACACUACCUGGACACCUAUAGCCUACAGGACUUCUUUGUUCAAAUUCAACCUCUGAGACAUCGAUAUCACCUCCACCCUUCAUUAAAUCGUAUCGAUUCCACCCAUUCAGAUCCGUUCCCGAACGGGAACACGAUGGCGACCCUAAAGAAGAAGCCGUCGCGCCUCUCCACCUUCUUCUCCUCCUCCUCCUUCUCCUCGUCAACCGACCUCUCCCUGCCCCCCCAGGAGCAACCCCCACCGCAACCUCAGGCUCAAUUACAUCCAGAUGUGCCGCGAGGAAGAUUCCGACAGGACUCGCUACCUCCGCCGCCGAGCGUGAAUCUCCACCCGACCUUUGUGCCCGAUCAAUUUGCUGCCCACCACCGCGUGGCCAGCGGGCCGGCAUACUACACCCCACCGGCGCCGGAAAAUGCCCCUCCUCCACCGCCAGCACACGGCGACCUUCCGCCGCCCUAUCAGCCCGGACAACAACCUUCCCCACAACCAGAUAAUCCUCAUAAGUCCCCCUCUAUCUUGCGGAAGCCGGUAGCAACCAGUAGCGAGCAGGUCCGCUCAAGGUCUCCGCUCCGCAAAUCCGCCUCGCACGCUAACCUCGCGGUACCGGGAUUGCAACCGAUCGCGCUAAGAGAUGGGGCGAAGAGCCAGCCUGGAAGUCGACCCAGCACUCCGGACGAGAAGGCGAGAGAGAAGAAGUUGACGCGGAAGAGCUGGUUUGGAGGGGGAGGCGGCCAGGAGAGUUCGAGGUCGAAAGCGCAGCAAGCGUGGGUGGUGACAGGGCGGGAGACGGGCGGUCGAGGGGAGGGGUCGGAGGGUCAACCGAAGCCGGUGGAGGAGUAUCCACUUGGGAGACUAUUCGGAGGGAAUAUGGUGAGUUUGAAGAGCGCGAAGCAGAUAAGUUGGGCAAUUGGAGAACAGACAUGACUGAAACGGACUGAUAGAUUCCGGAGCUAUGGGAUGAGAAUGGGAAUGCAUUCAUCCACCUAUUUCCAAAGGCAUCCAACAAAGGGC